CAAAGUAGGCACUGAUGAUUCAAUCAUCAUUUGCUUUCCUCGUUCAGGCAAAAUGGCAAACAUAUUUUCCUCCGCUUGGCGUAUGCUCGACUCCAUGGUGAAUCGUGCUAAUGGCACAUCAGAUGAAUCUCUGGCAGCCAAUCCACCAACAACAACACCAACCGUACCGGCACACCAACCUCACACUGGAACCAUCCAAUGGAACUAUCCCCAGACACAAAUUCGUGUACGAGGACCCGCCUCCUCUAUGUGGGCAACUCUGGCGCCUCGCCUCAGUCGUCAUGUGGCAUUCACGCACACCACCCUGCAACAUGUGGCACAUCGCGACACUGUCAUCCAUGGCGAAACGUCGGGGUUUCAGAAUUUUGUACGCGAAAUGUAUGAAUCGUAUUACAAAAUGAAAUUGGAUCAGCAAUGGCAGCGUGGGCUACUGGAGGACGAGUAUCCCAUCCACAAUCGCAGGCUGAGUUUCAAGGAUUUGGUUUUGUUGCAACGUGUGGCCCGCGACAUGUGGCAUCGCAUGGACAGGGAGCGGCGCAAAGUGUACAAGGAUCUGGCCAAAGAAGUCAAACAGCGGCGGAGACUGCGACUGCCCCCGGAUCCGUAUAGGACACCAGUGACGUUGAUGGGCAAGAAAAAGUUGAAUAAAACAAAGUCCAUUUAUCAUUCGAUGAAAGAAGAUGAAUGAAAAUUGGCUGUAAGUAUAUUCCUCUAAAAAAAAAUACAAAAUUGGAACCAAUUGGAACCCCCACAUUUUUGGAGUUUCAUUCGUUUUCCAUGAAGAUUUGCUAUAAUUUCACCGAAAUAUAUUUAAAAAUAAAAUAAAUUUAACCAUC